CCGCGACCCUGGCGCAUCGUCUUCCCCGAGGACCCGGUCCGCGACCGCUUCUUUGCCGACCACCCGUUCGAGGCGCACCGCCCACAGUCGCUCGUCGAGGGCGAGCUCGUCGCAGAGCCGAGCGGGCCUCGGGGCAAGGAGUGGACAGAGUUGAGGCAGCGCACUGUCAACCCGACUGCGGACGACUGCAUCGCCUUCAUCACCAACCUGACGACCUCGCACGCGCUCCCACUCGCCGUCGCCUACCCGCACGGUGUCGCCCAGUUCCGCACCCUGCGCGCCGAGCACGAGACGGCCACGCGCGCGGCCCAGCUCGAGGCCGAGUCGCACGGCGCGCGCUUCUUUGGCGCGCUCGACCGCGCCGUUAAGCUCGAGGAGCGCGUCCUCGACGAGUGGACGAGCGCGAGGGAGAUCCAGGAGGGCUUUGCGGCCGCCGGGAGGAACGGCGCGCAGGGAGCGCAGGCCCAGACGCAGGUGGCGCAGGGCGUCGCGGCGCCGCAGGGGAGCGUGUGGGCGCCUGCCGAGGCGCGGCCGGCGUUUGGCGGCGGCGGCGGUGCCGACGAGAGCUUGUUCUCGGGCGGGGUCGAGUACCUGGGCCGGUUUGCGAGUGCGGGUGCGAGGAGCGUGCAGGGACAGGGACAGGGGGAGGAGGGGACGAGGCCCGGUGCGGUGGUGAGGGGGGAUGGCCUGCUCGUCGAGGCGCAGGCAUAGAGCGUUGCAACUGUGCAAGCGUGGACCGUCGC